UGAUUUAACGGCAACAGAAAUACACCAUAAUCACUGCUGGAUGUUUCGUUGUAACCUGAUUAAAGGCUUGCGUAUUGUAAAUGUACAGUAGCAAGCGACAGAGAAUUUACUCACUCAACGUUAGCUAGCCGGCUGACUAGUUAGCUAAGGUUAGCUGUUAGCCAGGGGUGUAUUCAUUACGGAAACAGUUUACUGUUUAAGAACUAAACCGAGAAAAUGGAACGAAACAGAGAGGGACCUAAACUCUCGUUUGCAUUCACAAAACGUUUUGUUAAUAGACGAAACUUUUGCAACAUAAUCGGCGUAAUGAUUACACCCCAAUACAUAGCGGUAGCUGGAUAACUAGCUACUGGCUGCUACCAUGUUCUACUAUUACUAUAAAGUUAUGUAAGUUAAAAAGUGUAUGGUUUCGAAUGAACAGCAGCGUUACGAAUGUUCUAUUAGCGGCAAUCUAUAUUGCAAAAUCUGGAGUUUAUCCUAGCUAGCUAGUACCUUUAAUGUUUUAUUGAACCAACCCAUUCGCUCCCACUGGCUAACCUAGCUAGAUGGCUAGUAGCUAGCAGAUCCGACCCGCUUUAUUACAGUUGCACUAGGGUCAGACAGACUUUCUAUUUAGGUUGAAGGCCACAGCAUGCUCCCCAUCCGAAACAGUUUGUGCAUAUAUUAUGCGUAUAUAUUACAUUUUGUAGGCCAAUAUACAAAACUAUAUAUACUGAACAAAAGAUAUCAAUGUAACAUGCAACAAUUGCAAAUAUUUUACUGAGUUACAGUUCAUAAAGAAAUCAGUCAAUUUAUUAGGCCCUAAUCUAUGGAUUUCACAUGACUGGGAAUACAGAUAUGUAUCUGUUGGUCACAGAUACCUUAAAAGAAAAAAAGAUCAGAAAACCAGUUAGUAUCUGGUGUGAUCACCAUUUGCCUGAUGCAGUGCGACACAUCUCCUUAGCAUAGAGUUGAUCAUGCUGUUAAUUGUGGCCUGUGGGAUGUUGUCCCACUCCUCUUCAAUGACUGUGAGAAGUUGCUGGAUGGGUGACAUGUCUGAUUCUCAACAGUGAGUGUUGUGUUGAAGAGGCAGCUGCAAGCGUCCAGAUUGUUGUUCACCAUGGUGGACUCUCAGUACUUCCUCCCCAAUGACAUUGGGAUCUCUGCGCUGGACUGUACUGAAGCCUUUCGCCUGCUGUCCCCUAGAGAAAAGCUCUAUGCGCACUACCUCUCCCGGUCUGCCUGGUACGGAGGACUGGCUGUGCUGCUGCAGACCUCGCCUGAGUCUGCCUCCAUCUUCGUUCUCUUACAGAGGCUGUUCCGCAAGCAGCCAGCAGCACAGCUGGAGAGCAUGGCCACUGCAGCUGGACUUAGUCCUGAAGAGUACCAGGCCUUUCUUGUUUAUGCUGCUGGUCUCUAUGCCAACAUGGGGAACUACAAGUCAUUUGGAGACACCAAGUUCAUUCCCAACCUCCCCCAGGAGAAGCUGAAGGCCCUUGUGUGGCAGAGCCAGGCAUUCCAGGACAGCCCCAGUGAGAUGGAGGCCCUGUGGGACAGCUGCUCCACCCUCCUCUUCUCCCUGGAGGACCAACAGAAACAGCUGGGCUUGGGGGACAAGGGAGUCACCACAUACUUCUCAGGGAACUGUUGCUUGGAGGAUGCAGAGUUGGCCCAGAAAUUCCUAGAUUCAAAGAACCUGAGUGCCUACAACACACGACUGUUCAAGAACAAAUCAGAAGGGAAGGCCAGCUAUGAGGUGCGCCUGGCGUCAGCUGUGCAGAAAGACUGUGCAGUGGAUGGGGAGGGGGAGACCAGGUGUGGCAGAUAUGACUUUGAGGACUGUGUCUUCACGGUGUCCAGGGGAGACUAUGCUUACCUUAUGAAGAAAGUGAGUGAAAAUCUGGAGAAAGCAAAGGACCAUGCUGCCAAUGAGAACCAGAAGCGAAUGCUGCAGGAAUAUGCACAGAGUUUCACCUUUGGGUCCAUAGAAGCGCACAAGGAGGGCUCUCGUUUCUGGAUCAAAGACAAGGGACCCAUCGUUGAGAGUUAUAUUGGCUUUAUCGAGAGCUACAGGGAUCCCUUUGGUUCCAGGGGAGAGUUUGAAGGCUUUGUGGCUGUGGUGAACAAGGCCAUGAGUGAACGCUUUGCUAAGCUGGUGAGCUCAGCCGAGGUGCUGCUGCCAGAGCUGCCAUGGCCAAAAGACUUUGAGAAGGACCGUUUCCUCCUACCAGACUUCACCUCCCUGGACGUGCUGACGUUCGCUGGCAGUGGCAUUCCAGCUGGCAUUAACAUUCCCAACUAUGAUGACAUCAGACAGUCGGAGGGCUUUAAGAAUGUCUCCUUGGGCAAUGUGCUGGCUGUGGCCUACGCUACCGAGAAGGACAAGCUCACCUUCCUGGAUAAGGAAGACAAGGAUAUGUACAUUAAGUGGAAGGGGCCCUCCUUCGAGGUACAGGUUGGCCUCCAUGAGCUGCUGGGCCAUGGCAGUGGGAAGCUCUUUGUCCAGGAUGAGAAGGGGACUUUCAACUUCGAGCAGGAUAAUGUUCGCAAUCCUGAGACUGGAGAACAGAUCACCACCUGGUACAAAGGCAAUGAAACAUGGGAUAGCAAAUUUUCCACCAUUUCUUGCUCUUAUGAAGAGUGCAGGGCCGAGUGUGUGGGGCUUUACCUCUGUCUCAACAAACACGUGCUCAGUAUCUUUGGCCAUGAGGACGAGGAUGCAAAGGAGGUGGUGUACAUCAACUGGCUCAACAUGGUGCGAGCUGGCCUACUGGGCCUGGAGUUCUUUACCCCCGAGAGCAAGAGCUGGAGACAGGCCCACAUGCAGGCUCGCUUUGUGAUCCUACGGGUGCUCCUGGAGGCUGGCGAGGGGCUGGUGACCCUGAAGGAGAGCACAGGAAAGGAUGGGCGCCCAGAUGCCCUCAUAACACUGGACCGCAGCAAGGUCCACACUGUGGGCAAAGUUGCCAUCGAGAGGUUCCUAUGCAAACUACAGGUCAUCAAGUCCACAGCUGAUGUGGAGGGAGGCAGAGCUCUGUAUGAGGGUUACUCAGCUGUGUCAGACACUGGUUCUCACAACUUCCUGCGCCUGCGGGAGACUGUUCUCCUGCGCAAAGAGGCUCGCAAGAUGUUUGUUCAGGCUAACACAAGGGUCAACGGUGAAAGUGUGGAGCUGGUGGAAUACGAGGGUAGUGCAGCCGGACUGAUCCGCUCCUUCACAGAACGGUUUGCAGACGACGCUGAGGAGGUGGAGGCCCACCUGCUAGAGCUGAACAAGAGAGAUGCCCCCUGCUGGUGCUGAGUGAACAGUGCAGAUACACAGUCAAAGCACUGCUAAGACCCAGACAUGCUACUGCUCUGCCCAUGCCGGCUUCUGACUGAAACAUCCCUGGUCUGUGUGGACCUGUCAUAAGAAAGGAUCUUUCACUGUCAAAUGCCUAAAUCAGUCAAGGGUGGAAUGCACAUGUGGUUAUGGCUGUGAUUGGGAGAUGAGAGACAUUCACCCCCGAGGCACAGUUUCAAACUACGUUAAGUCCCUAUCAUUAUAGAGUUAUUUCCCCCUUGCAAUAUCAGGAAGGACAGGAACAGUGUAAACAAUCUGGUGUUGAAAGGACCUAGUGAUAGGAGCUUGAAGUCAGUUUGAAACAAGGCCAGAGUAUAAAAAAAAAGCUGAGUGACUCAAGCUAAGUGACUCAAUACACGGUUCACCAUCAACUGUGACAAUCAAAUCUUAAACUUUUGUUGACACAUUUCAAUUGCUCUUUGUCUUAACAAUGUUCUUUUUAUAGAACUUCAAAAUAAUAUUAAUUAUAUGAUAAGCUUUUCGGCCCUUGUGUCCAGGGCACUUGAAGCCACCACUGUGACAUGGUCAAAGGCAAGGCAUUGUCAAAGGGUCCACAGUACUGUAAGUCUCUCUCUUGGUUAGGUUGUUGAGAAACAACCUAUACAAAAAUAAAUUUGGUUUAAAAAAUAA